AAAGGAGCGUUUGUCCCCUCCAGUCUGUCUGAGGAUAAACCUCUUCAGGUUGUGUUGAGUAGCAGAAGACUCUGCAUCGAUUCCUCUGUGGAGGAAUCACCUAUUGCUGCUCCUUGUUUCUCCAGAGAGAGGGGAUUGCUGGCUGAAAUAUGUGGGAUUAAGCCAUUAGCCCUGCUCAGCUCCGUCCAUUUUCCAGACACAGAGAGGGCAGAGUGGCUCAACAAGACUGUAAAACAGAUGUGGCCUUUUAUUUGCCAAUUCAUUGAGAAACUGUUCCGGGAGACCAUAGAACCAGCAGUAAGAGGAGCAAACAACCACCUAAGUACCUUCAGUUUUACAAAGAUUGAUAUUGGUCAUCAGCCUCUGCGGAUAAAUGGUGUAAAAGUAUACACUGAAAAUGUGGACAAAAGGCAGAUCAUCUUGGAUCUUCAAAUCAGUUUUGUUGGAAAUUGUGAAAUUGAUUUGGAGAUCAAGAGAUACUUCUGCAGAGCUGGUGUGAAAAGUAUACAGAUACAUGGAACUAUGAGGGUUAUCCUGGAACCACUAAUUGGAGACAUGCCCCUAAUUGGAGCACUAUCUCUUUUUUUCCUUAGGAAACCUCUUUUAGAAAUUAACUGGACUGGACUGACCAAUCUUCUGGAUGUUCCAGGACUGAAUGGCCUAUCAGAUACAAUAAUACUGGAUAUAAUAUCCAACUACCUGGUCCUUCCAAAUAGAAUUACAGUCCCCCUUGUCAGUGAAGUGCAGAUCGCUCAGUUGCGGUUUCCUAUACCAAAGGGUGUUCUAAGGAUACACUUUAUUGAAGCUCAGGACCUGGAGGGGAAAGAUACUUACCUAAAAGGGAUUGUCAAAGGAAAGUCAGAUCCUUACGGAAUCAUCCGUGUGGGCAACCAGAUUUUCCAAAGCAAGGUCAUCAAAGAAAAUCUCAAUCCAAAAUGGAAUGAAGUUUAUGAGGCCUUAGUAUAUGAACAUCCAGGACAGGAGCUAGAGAUUGAGCUCUUUGAUGAAGAUCCAGAUAAAGAUGACUUCCUGGGAAGUUUGAUGAUAGAUUUAAUUGAAGUUGAAAAGGAGCGUCUUCUAGAUGAGUGGUUUACUUUGGAUGAAGUGUCCAAAGGAAAAUUGCAUUUAAAACUGGAAUGGCUCACAUUGAUGCCAACUGCUGAAAAUCUAGACAAGGUGCUAACAAGCAUUAGAGCUGAUAAAGACCAAGCCAAUGAUGGGCUGUCUUCUGCAUUGCUUAUUCUCUAUUUGGACUCAGCAAGAAACCUGCCCCAUAAUCCAUUAGAAUUUAACCCUGAUGGCUUGAAGAAAGCUGCUGUUCAGAAAGCCCUAAAGUCAGGAAAGAAAAUAAACAGCAAUCCCAACCCACUUGUUUUGCUGUCAGUUGGGCACAAGGCACAGGAAAGUAAGAUUCGAUACAAGACCAAUGAACCAGUAUGGGAGGAAAACUUUACUUUCUUUGUACACAAUCCCAAAAGACAAGAUCUUGAAGUUGAGGUGAGGGAUGAACAGCAUCAGUGUUCUUUGGGGAACUUCAAACUGCCUCUAAGCCAGUUGCUGGAGAGUGAAGAUUUGACUAUGCAUCAGCGGUUCCACCUGAGCAAUUCUGGUCCAAACAGCACUAUAAACAUGAAGAUUGCACUCAGGGUCCUUUCUCUUGAAAAGCAAGCAAGAUCUCCAGAUCAUCAACACUCAGCCCAAGUGAAAAGGCCAUCUCUUUCCAAAGAUGCCAGAAAAUCAUCUUUUAAGCCUCAGGUUCCUGUCUCACCACCACCUGAUUCAAACAAACCUGUCCCAGCUUCCCCAGUGACUGAUAGUGAUAAAAAGACUGAUACAGCUGAAAAAAGUCAGCCUCCCAAUGCCAGCCCUCAGUGGCCAACAGAUCUCAGCCGAAGUUCCUCCAGUCUUCAUGCCUCCAACUUCUCUUAUUCUCCCAGCCACCUCUCAGUCAAAGAACCCACUCCUAGCAUAGCCUCAGACAUAUCUCUGCCUAUUGCCACACAGGAGCUACGGCAAAGACUACGACAGCUUGAAAAUGGAACAACUCUGGGGCAGUCUCCGUUAGGACAGAUUCAGCUAACAAUUCGUCAUAGUUCACAAAGAAACAAACUGAUUGUGGUAGUGCAUUCCUAAAAAAAAGAAAAUCUAAUAGCGUUUUCAGAAGAAGGAUCCGAUCCAUAUGUGCGAAUGUAUUUAUUGCCUGAUAAGAGACGAUCAGGAAGAAGAAAAACACAUGUAUCAAAGAAGACAUUAAACCCAGUGUUUGAUCAAAUAUUUGAUUUCAGUGUUUCCCUGCCUGAAGUACAGAGAAGAACACUAGAUGUAGCAGUGAAGAACAGUGGUGGUUUCUUGUCCAAAGAUAAAGGGUUGCUUGGAAAAUUACUGAUACCUCUGGCAUCUGAAGAACUUGCUAAAGGCUGGACCCAGUGGUACGAUUUAACAGAAGAUGGUACAAGGCCACAUGGUGCAAGUUAG